AUGAACUGGAAAGGGGGAAAGGUCACCCCGGGACAAAGAACACGGUACAAAGAAGGAAGGCAGGCCCAGGAAGAAGGGUUGCCUGUCUGGGAAGAGAGGAAGUUGCUCCAUGAAGAGGAGGAGCUGAUGGAGGAAGAGGAGGAGCUGAUGGAGGAAGAGGAGGAGCUGAUGGAGGAAGAGGAGGAGUUGAGUGAGGAAGAUGGGGAGCUGAGUGAAGAAGAUGAAGAGCUGAGAAAGGAAUUGGAGGUGCUGGGUGAGGAAAUGGAGAAGCUAAUUGAGGCACUGGAGGAGCUCAAUGAGGAACUGGGGGAGCUGGGUGAGGAAGAGGAGGAGCUGGCCCAGGAGAAGGAGGAAAUAAUCCAGCACCUAGAGAAACAAAUUGAAAAAAUGAUGAAAAGCUAUCGCAAAAUAAAGAAACACAUGGGGGAAAUGGAGAAACAUGAUGAGGAAGAGGCCUGGGAAAGAGAAAAAUUGGCCCAGGAAGAGGAACAUUUGUCUAAAGUAGAGGAAAGACUGUCUGGGAAAAAGGGAAAACGGACAUUGAAAAGACACAGCUCGGUAAAGCGAGAGAUGAAAUUGAUCCGAGAAAAGAAGAAAUCGUUCAUGAUAGAGAAGAAAGAGGCCCAUAAAAAGAAACAAAUCCAAAAAAAGGAAAAGCCAGUUGAGAAACCGGAAAAAGUAGACCAGAAGGAAAGGCAGGCUAAGGAAAAGGAGGAAGAUGCCAAGGACAAACAAUUAGCCAGGAAAAGACAGAAACUAAGCCAAAAAGAGGAGGAACUGUUUGGAGAAAAGGAGAAACUGUCACAACAAGAAGUUAAACAGACCCAGAAAAGGGCAAGCAAAGCGUGGGAAAAGGAGGGAGGGGCCCAGAAAGUGGAGAAAAUAACCAAGAAAAAGAGACGACAGAUCUCAGGGAGAAAAGUGGACCUAGGAGAGAAGGGAGAGGCUGGGGAAAUGGAGAAACUGUCACUGAAAGGAGAGAAACAGGCCCAGGAAGGAAAGAGAUGGGAUCAGAAAAAGGAAAAAUUGACUCCAAAAGUAGAGAAAGCAGCAGAGGAAAAAACCCAACUAGAAGUGGAAGCUCCAACUAAGAAGAGGAUAGACAAGGAGAGGUUCAUUGAAGGAGAGGAGGAGGAGGAGGAGGAGGAGGAGAUUCUGCCCAAGAAAGAGAAACGGAAAUACCUGAUGAAGAAGAAGAAAAAGAAAGAAGAGAUGGAGCCCCUCAGCAAAGAGGAAGGUGGGGAGCCACACAUGGAGGAGGAGGAGGAGGACCUCAGUGAGGAGGAGGAGAGCCAAAGUGAGGAGGAGAGUCUGAGUGAAGAGGAAGAGAGCCUGAGUGAGGAGGAGAGUCUGAGUGAAGAGGAAGAAAGCCUGAGUGAGGAGGAGAGUCUGAGUGAAGAGGAAGAGAGCCUGCGUGAGGAGGAGAGUCUGAGUGCAGAAGAAGAGAGCCUGAGUGAGGAGGAGAGUCUGAGUGAAGAGGAAGAAAGCCUGAGUGAGGAGGAGAGUCUGAGUGAAGAGGAAGAGAGCCUGCGUGAGGAGGAGAGUCUGAGUGCAGAAGAAGAGAGCCUGAGUGAGGAGGAAGAGGGCCUGAGUGAGAAGAAGAGUCCGAGUGAGAAGGAAGAGGAGGGCCUAGGUGAGGAGAAACAUCUGAAUGAAAAAGAGAAGAGUCUGAGGGAGAAGAAGAAGAGUCUGAGUCAGGAGAAGAAGCUGAGUGAGGAGGAGGGGGAGAGGCUGAGUGAGAAAGAGGAGGAGAGCCUGAGCGAGGAGGAAGAGGGCCUGAGUGAGAAGAGGCUGAGCGAGGAGGAGAAGCAUCUGAGUGAGAAGAAGAGUCUGAGUGAAAAAGAGAAGAGUCUGAGUAAGAAAGAGAAGGCUCUGAGUGAGAAGGAGAAGAGUCUGAGGCAAGACUGA